CCCACCUCCGGUAGGUUCGCGCGGCCGCGCGAGCCCCUUCCCGUGAUGCCUCGCGCCCGGCUGUGGCGGUUGCCUGGCAACGUGGGAUCCUAGGCCCCGGGCACUCCCCGUUUUGCUAGGCCAUGAGGUCGCCAGGCCUCCUGUCGCUUCUGCUGGUGGUUCUCGGCUGCUGCGCCUCAGCGAGCGCCCAGGCCGUGGCCACUCCGGCUGCGGCCAUUUCGGCCGCGACUGCGGAGGACUUCGACGCCACGGAGGCCGCCCCCGCCACGCUCAGACCCUCCGGGUCACCUAGGACACCUGGGACUCCCAGGGCCCCCAAGCUCUCCUCAGACCCCAGGCCCACCCCGGUCACCGACGUUGCUGCUCUGUGUGUCUGUGACCUGUCCCCAGCACAGUGUGAUGUCAACUGUUGCUGUGAUCCUGACUGCAGCACCACAGAUUUCAGUGUCUUUUCUGCCUGCUCAGUUUCAGUUGUCACGGGUGAUAGUCAGUUCUGUAGUCAGAAAGCAGCCAUCUAUUCCUUGAAUUUGACAGCAGAUCCACCUCACAGGGUAUUUAAACUCAUUGACCAGAUCAACCCAUCCAUUUUUUGCAUUCAUAUUUCAAACUACAAGCCUGCACUGUCCUUUACUAAUCCGGAAAUACCCAAUGAAAACAAUUUUGACCAACUGAUGAAAACAUCAAGUGGUUUUACGAUGCAUUCCGAAUCAGAUGUGCCUUCCAUAGCCACAUUGGAUGCUCCAAAUCCCACUAAAUAUGAGUAUGGGGUCCCUCUGCAGACUGCGAACACAUCUUUGGGUUUUCUGAUAUUUCCUUCGCCUCUCACGUCAUCUCUGUGCACAGAUAAUAAUCCUGCAGCAUUCCUGGUGGAACAGGCUGUUGAAUGCAGCAGAAGGGUAGACAUAGCACAAUGUGAAGAAACUGAAGCCCUCCGCAUGGCUCAUUACAGCAGCUCUGUGAUCCUGAGGACGCCUAAUUCAACAAUACAGGUCCCCAUCAAGAUCCAGUCUGUCACUCUUCAGUCUCUCAAUAAAACACUGACUCGGUUAGAAGGCCAUCGCAUCCUGCGGCCAGCUCUGGUCAACACUGGGCAGGAUAGACUCUGCAGCAACGUCGUUCUUGAGGUAAAGUACAGCCUCACGUACACCAAAGCAGGCCAGAUCUGGGAAGCCAGCCUCUCGCUCCUCCUGGGGACAAUCAGCAGUGCAGUGACUCUCCUGCAACAGAAGUUUGAAAUUCACUUUAUUCAGCUAGGCACCAAACCAAUUCCUCUCAGUGGAAAUCCUGGUUACGUGGUGGGGCUCCCGCUGACUGCUGGCUUCCAGCCUCAGAAGGGGUCUGGUAUUAUUCAGACCACGAAUAGGCAUGGCCAACUUACUAUACUUCGUAGUACACUCGAGCAGGACUGCCUCUCAGGAGAGGGACUCCGAGUCCCCGUGCUGUUUGGCUACAAUGUACAGUCUGGCUGUCAGCUCAGACUGACAGGCACCAUCCCAUGUGGGCUACUGGCGCAGAAGAUGCAAGACCUGCUGAGGGGCCAGAGCUUCCCCAACUAUGUGGCUGCUUUUGGGAAUUCCCAGGCCCAGGAUGUACAGGACUGGGUUCCUGUGCACUUCAUCACCCACCCGUCUGGUGUUAAGGGCUCUUGCCAACUCCCUGUAGCUUUGGGUAUUGAAGUGAAGUGGACUAAGUAUGGGUCUCUGCUGAACCCCCAGGCCAGAAUAGUGAAUGUCACUGUCCAGCUUGUCUCCAUUCUCGAGCCCCUUCCAGGACCUGAAAGGACAGUCAUCAUUUCCACUGCAGUGACAUUUGUGGACGUGUCUGCUCCUGCAGAAGCUGGCUUCAGAGCUUUGCCCACUAUCAAUGCCAGGCUGCCCUUCAACUUCUUCUUCCCAUUUGUCUGAUUAAUUGGGAGAAAUGCUGUCGGGGACAGAGCAAGAGGGAGCCACCCAGAAGCUGAUGGUGCAGCUGGAUGGUGCAGAAGAAUAGCCUGGGUGCCAGGACAGCUCCCAUGGGAGAUGUGGCAAGAGAAGCUGUGGACCAGCUGGUAAAGAAAGGUUUUCUAGAAUGGGCCAGUGCCGAGAUGCCAGCUUUUCUUUGCUUUUUUCAGAAUGUGCUUGUGAAGAGAUGAGUUGAUCCAUAUAUGUGGGAAAGUGAUGCAAUUAAAUUAUACAUGCCAGUAA